GCCUGUGGACAGACGCGACCUGCCGCUGAGCGACUGUCGGGGACUUUUUUUUUUUCUUCUACGUGAAACGCCCUCGUGCUCGUGUAAUGUCGCCGCGGAGGACGCGCAGCUGACUGCGAAUACUGUGGACCCACCGUCCGGUAGUUCGAGAGGAGGUGAAAGCACCUUGCAUCCAGCCAUGGGAGGUCAGAUCACCAGGAAUACCUUCUACGAUUCUAUGAACGGACCAUUUCCUGCCACAUCUCACCGAUGCCACCACAAGCCAAAGCGCUGCCUGCCCAUCCAGCCAUGUGGAAGUCUGUCCUCCUUCCCUCUCCUCUUCCAUCCCAGCACUAAGGGCUCGCAGAUCGUCAUGGACAUGUCCCAGAGGACUGUCAAGAGACAGGCCAGCUUCUGUAAUGCCAUCACCUUCAGCAACAGACCUAUUGCUGUGUAUGAACAAGUUCGUCUGAAGAUCACUAAAAAGCAGUGCUGCUGGAGCGGUGCUCUACGUCUUGGUUUUACAUCCAAAGACCCAUCGAGGAUCAACCCAGACACUUUGCCAAAGUACGCCUGCCCCGACCUGGUUUCCCAGAGCGGCUUCUGGGCAAAAGCCCUACCGGAGGAGCUCUCCAACGAGGGAAGCGUCAUCUCCUUCUGGGUGGACAAGAAGGGCCGGGUGUUUUACCGCAUCAACGACUCCAGCCCAAUGCUGUUCUUCAGCGGGGUUCAUGUCUCUGGGCCGCUGUGGGCUCUCAUAGACAUCUAUGGCCUCACCAGGGGGGUCCAGCUGCUAGACAGCGAGAUGGUGACCCUGGAUUGCCUGCGUCCUCGUUCUUUUGCUGCCGCCCACCGGGCCUCCAUUCAGCGGAACGGGGAUGACCCUCGCCUUUCCAUCAGCCUGUGUGACCUGAGCCUGCAGCAACAGGAGACGCAUCUGGAGGCAGAAGACGAGGAAGAGGAACGGCUGCAACGCUUAAGCUCCGCCGCCUCCUGCCAUGUGCCCCAAAACUCUCAAAACUCUCAGCAGUGCUCUCUGCUGCCCAGCCAUUUGGACACUGAUCUGCACUUCCACUCGGUGCACGGCGUCCACGUCACCGUGCUGGAUAAGCACACGGUGGCUCGGCUGGAUCACCGUGGAGACGAGAGGACCCUGGUGUUCACCAGCCGGCCGAUGCGCUGCUCAGAGACCGUGUUUGUGAAGGUGAAGGCAGGUGUCACGAGGCCUGGGUCUCUCUCCUACGGUGUGACGUCAUGUGACCCGGCCACCCUGAGGCCCAGUGACCUCCCGUCCAACCCAGAGUCCCUAGUCGACCGCAAGGAAUUCUGGGCCGUUUGUCGGGUGGCGGUGGCGCUCCACAGUGGCGACAUCUUGGGCUUUGUGGUGAACGCAGAAGGCGAGGUCGUGAUGAGCCAUAACGGCAUCAGUGCAGGGAUGCAGCUGUGUGUGGAUAACUCCAGACCCCUCUGGAUGUUCUACGGUCUGCACGGCACCUUCACACAACUCAGGAUUUUAGGCUCAUCGUCACACCCGGACCCACGGGGCGUGUCGGUCCCCAGCUCCCCAUCCUGUACACCCAACAACCCCACAAUGCUUGGCAGCGGCGACUCUGAACCCAACCUCAACACGCCCUUGAACAUCAACCUCAAUUCAAACCUCAACUCCAGCUACUACACAGUCUUUUCCUCCUCCACAGGUACAACGCCAAGCUCUCCAUUCUCCAGCCACCCAGAGUCCCCGACCUUCCCAUCCUACUCAGGCUCGUGGAGCGACGAAUGCACAAUUUGCUACGAGAAUGUGGUGGACACCGUUCUCUACGCCUGUGGACACAUGUGUCUCUGCUACACCUGCGGCCUCAAACUCAAGAAGAUGGCCAACGCGUGCUGCCCCAUCUGCAGGAGGACGAUCAAAGAUAUCAUCAAGACCUACCGGAGCACGUAGGCUUGUGUGAAGGCAAUGUGUCGCAUCGUCAGGUUCAGCUCAAGGUUUUCAAAGUGAAAUCCCCGCUUGUUUGCGUGAGCAUUCUUGCUCAGGUACUCUCCGACAGGACUUCAAAAACUCCAUCAUUAAAACAUUAUUUCAAUGUUAUGGCUAAUGCACAACCUUGGAAAACUCAUAAUUCCCGCCUAUGGCGUCUCACAGUAAGGACCAAGCAAUGAGGUUCAUCAUAACAUGCACACAAGAUACGUGCAGGUACUGCAGGCAUGAUAGGACCAUGACCUACUAUUGUCUAGUGACUCAGUGAUUUGUGCAUCUGUCGGAGAGAGUAAUCUGAAGAGGCAUCUGUCCUAGAUCCCGCAGAGCGACCCUUCAUUCUGCUGGUGAUAGCAUUGCUGCUAGCUAGUUUAAUAAGAAGUACAAAUGUUCAGAGCUGCAGACGAAACAAGGAGAAUAUAAAUAUGUGGUUCCACCAGCUGCUCCUCCACAGAUUGUGCUGUGCAAUUGGGUCAAAAACUGUUAUUGCAGAGUAAAUAAUCAAUUCUGUGAGAUAAGUUUUAUUUGACAUUUCCUGAAUGCUUCCAGAGGCCAGAGAGGAAUACGUUUUUAAAAAAAAGAAAAAAACACUUUGCAAUAUGUCUAAAAUAAGCCAUCUUUUAAAAUACUCCUCCUGCAAUGAAACACAAUGCAAUGUCUAAAGCUAAAGGGUAAAGAAUACAUAAAUACAUUGUUUUGUUGGAUAUCUCACUACCUGCUGACAAUUCAGGCAGGGUUAGAUUGUGCAAAGGGUAAAAAAAGUGUGAGCGUUGUCACCAUAGAAGGUCACGCUUGAGGUCAACGAUGAUGUAAAUUAGGAAAGAGGGAGAGAGGGAGGAUGUUGUAUGUUUGGGACGAAGACAGGGGAGGAAGGUGCACCUUUCGGUGGUGUGUCUGCACAUUGUUUCAGUGCAGAGAGAAAGUCUUUGCUCACUCCAAACAUCAGAAGUUUGUAUGAAAGCCUGUGAAUGGUGGGACUUGAGUUGCAUGUCCUGCUUCUUGGCGGCCACGGUAAGUCGGCUGGAUGCUGUGAUUGGACAAAAGUCAUUCAAAUGAACAUCGGUGGGCAGAAGUAUUUUUUUAAAUGCAUUGGGAUGAUGAAGAAACCUCUUCAUCAUUGCAGGAAAACCCAUGAAAUCGCACCAUAAGUCACAGAUGGCUGUGCUUUCUUCAGGUUGCGCACUUCUCUUUCAUGUACAUACAAAUUAAACAUGAAUAUUUGCUUUCAGUGGAUUUCAGCACACUGUGUCUUCAAGUGGAAAAAGGAAAUCACUUGAGUGCAGUGAGUGGCAAGGAUGUAGCUUGCUAUAGUGGGGACAUUGUGAGACAUUCAUUUGCAUAUCAGUUUCUGAGUGCUGCUCUUCAUCUGUAAAAGCAAACUCCAAGGACAUUUUCACUCGACUAAUCUCAUGCAUUAUGUGCCGCUUUGAAUUACAAGCUAUUUUCAGGUGUUAUUUUGGCCUCGCUGAAACAUUACUCGGUAAUUUGUUAAUUAGUAAGCGCUGUUUUGUUUUUGUUUUUUUAAAGUGUUAAAGCUUGUCCUUAUUUUGCCGCUGUGGUGGAAAAUUAGCAGUUAUGUUGUACAAUAUUUGAGUCAAGUUUUUCUUGUGUGCCUUUUGAAAAGAGAAGUCUGGAUACACUUUUGGUCCGUUAGGCUCCUCGCUGCGAAAUCCAGGAGGUUCACAUUUAUCUUAUAGUCAUUCUUAGAUGGUCGUAAUGUCACCGAUGAGCAGGUUUAACCACACAACCUACAAAUACAAACAGUUUACUGUGCUUAAUAUCAGUGUGUGAAUUUAUUCACUGCUAAAGAUGAAAUGUUUGAAUAUCGCCUUGUCCCUCCUGUCACUGCAUUGCAUAAUACUGGAAUUUGUUGUGCUUGAGAGAUGCUCAACUUUUUACAUUUCUACCUGUUUUUGUUUUUCUUCCUGACCAAAUAUGACCUAACAGAAAUUAAACAUUUGUGGAACAUUUCUGAGAGAGAAAUAAUAUAGAUGAGUGUAAUAUUAACUGUACAUGAUCAUUUGUAUUUAUUUUGUCAAUACUACUAUAAAUAAUUAUCACAGUUUGUUUAGUGCGUAGGGCUAUAGUUUCCAAGAAGUAAGAACAGCAUUUACUUUAUUGUUGCAUAGUUAAAGAUUAUAGAUUAUAAACCUUACUCCAUCUGAAAUGCUCUGUGGAGCUGUCGAGCUGAUUUUAAGUUAUCGGAAUAGUUUGACAUUUUGGGAAAUACGCUUAUUCACUUUCUAGGAGAGUUAGAUGAGAAUAUUGAUACCACUCUCUAGUACUAUCGUACAACAGUAUGUACUACCGAGUAUUUCUACUCAAGCACUGUACCUGAUGAGGUAUGUGUACUCUGUAUAAGUAUUUCCAAAUGAUGCUACUUUAUACUCCACAGGAGAAAUAUUGUAAUUUUUACAUUUUGAUGAUAAACAAUUGCACCAGUAAGAAUUAUUGCAAUAGUCAAUGUAAUAGUAUGUGCAUUAACUCUUGAUACCUUAAGUGUAUUUAAAAUUUCGGUAUGAACAUAGGUCACAACUUUUACUGAAAAUACCAUUAGUCCUGUCAGGACUUUUGCCGUUGGUUGCACUGUUAGCGCUGUUAUCACUGUUAGCACCAUUGGCUGCUCAAUUAAAAAGCUCCCAAUCGUGUAUAUGGCUCAUUUAAAGACUGCGAACUGAGCAGAUGUUUCCAUCUUUGAAAUAGGGGUGUAAAUCAUCUCGAUACGUGAUAUACGUUAUAUCUUUGGACAAUGACGCAAUACAAUUUUGAUUUUAUCCAAUUCAGGUGGCCUGCGAUCGAUAUGACACCAUACCAUACAGCCAUUUAACACAAUCAGUGACAUUUAUCUCACAAAAAAGCAACUAAAAUAUGAUUCGACAAUUUUAUUAUUGUGGGCUGAAGGAAAGAGGUGUGCUCGGACAGAAAUUUGUGACACAGAUGUGCUAUGAGAAUUUCUAAAUAAAGGCAUAUCUUGAAGAUAAUUAUAUUGAUAUUUUCACUUUGCAUUGAUGAUAUUGGAUCACUGAAUCCAUACAUUGAUCCAAAUGAAUGCAGUUUUCAGUCUUAACGAGAAGCUAACUGGAUUCAAGCUGUGGCCAGUAUGAGAGUCGUAUCAAUCAUUUUAUCUCAUUCUUCAACAGAAAACGAAAAAAGCGUGUUUUCCAAGAUGUCAAACGUUUUGAUAAAUGCCAUAUAUACAACUGAAUUAUGCUAUUAAAGGGAAUAAAAUGUGUAAAGGUGGCAUUGGUUACCAAAUAGUUGGUAAAAAAUAUUCAUUGUUAGGCUAGUUUCUCCUACCUGUGCAUAUUUAAAUUUUAUCUUGGAUUUGUGUUGUAGUGAAGCAGACAUACGUAGUUUUUCAAAUGUGACCAAAUCUUUGCUGUCCAAACAAACCAAAACCAGCAAGUGCAAGUGGGCAUUGUGCAUUUUUGAACAAGAAAAUCUGCUCAUAACUUUGGUUUCUUGGCUUGGAAUUUAUAUUAGUUGUUGAAAAACAUU